CCCUAAACAAAAAUGGCCGCGUCCACAGAAGUCUUCUCGUGACAGAACGACCUAGGAAAAUUGGUUAUAUUAUAGUGCUUGCUCGUCUGUACGAUAUAGACUAGGCGGGGUAUAUGUGUCAAAGUAUCUGAACCUUAAUUGAUAUUUCUGGUAGCGGAAUUUUAGGGAAGGUUUGUGGAUUAUGGCUCUACAGAGAGUACCCACGAGGUUUUGCCGCAUGGUCUGUCAGACGCGCCCCCUUCAUCUAUCAGGACAGAGUCAGCAACCCGUCACGGCUUCUGCUGAACCAGAAACGCCAGUAAAAAUUGAGAGAGCCAUCUUCCGGACUCCCGAGCAGAAUCCGGCCAACCAUUCAGAACAGGAUGUGGGUCAGUAUUACACACUGUCUCCCGACCAGCUGCGCUCUGCCUUCCCGCAUGGGCUGCCCCGCCGACUCCAGCAGCAGAUGAAGACCUUCAAUGAGUGCUGUGUGAUGGUGCGCCAGCCCGCCCUCGAGGUCAUGUCACACCUGAAGAGGACCGACUACAGCCAGCCAGCCCUGCGAUACCUACUGUAUGGGAUAACAGGCAGUGGGAAGACCAUGGCCUUGUGCCAUGCUGUGCACUACUGCUUCAGCCAGGGCUGGCUGGUUCUUCACAUACCUGACGCUCACCUGUGGAUCAAGAACUGCAAGGAGCUCCUUCCGUCAUCGUAUAAAUCCGCGCGUCUGGACCAGCCAGUCCUGGCCUCGCAGUGGCUGAAGAACUUUGGCGUCACCAACAAGCAUCUCCUCUCUGAGAUAAAGACGACAAAGAGCUACGUGUGGACUAAACGGGAGAGCACUGAGGAGGGGCGCCCUCUAGGGGAGCUGGUGGAGAAGGGCUUGACCAGGGUGAAGAGCAGCAGCGAUGUGAUGGGGGCGUUGAUGCGGGAACUGCGGACGCAGUGCGGGGGCCCCAGCGGCCUGAGGCUGGCGGUGGCCGUGGACGGGGUGAAUGCGCUCUGGGGGAGGACCACGCUGCGGAAGGAGGACAAGAGUGAGGUCUUGGCUGAGGAGCUCACUGUGGUUCACAACCUGAGGAAAAUGCUAAAGAAUGACUGGUGUGGGGGUGCCAUCAUUGCGACUCUGUCCCAGACGGGUUCCCUCUUCACCCCGCGCACUGCUUACCUGCCCCACAGCCUUCUGGGAAAGGAGGGCUUCGAAAGCCUCGAGCCCUUCAUUCCUGUCCCGGUGCCACCUUAUGACGAGAAGGAGUUCGAAAGCUGCUACCAGUACUACAUCGAACGCAACUGGCUGCAGCAUUCGUAUGGGCACACCGAGGAGGGAAAGAAAGAGCUGAUGUUCCUCAGCAACCGGAACCCCGCCAUCUUCGAACGCCUCUGUGCGUCUCUGUGAAGGGACGUCUUCAUCCACCUGAAAAUGACAUCUGCGACGUGCCCUGUGACAUUCUACGCUGCUUCCUACCCAAAAUACUCAGAAAUAAAAUGUUUCACAGAC